CGCUGAAUAGAAAAUGGACAGCAAAACCAUUUUCUAAUUUUUCAAAAAUCUAGUCUUCAUUUUUGAGUGAAUCUUUCCAAACUGACCUAUUUUUCAAAUGACUAAAGACCGUUCAAAGAAGAUAGGAAAUUUAACUUCCUCUUGAACGCUUCCCGGUUCAUAGAACCUAGAAUCUACUCCCUAUAAAAUGUUCCAAGCCGUGUAAAUUGUAUCACUUCAACAUGAAGACUAUUAUCCUUUUCCUUGCACUUACUUCCUUUGCUUACGCCGGUUCACUUGGAUUGGCCAUUCCAGCUGGAGCAAAAGAUGUACAUCUGCCAAUCACCAUCGGGGAUAUCAAGGCAAUUACUCGUAAACUGAAGAAUGGAUCGGUUGAGACAUGGAACGUCGUGGGGCCAAAUAAGGGAACAUGGGUUGACUCGAAAGGAAAGAAAAUCGAUUCAUCCAAUUACUCUUACAAGGCCGGAACAAUUGUCAUCAAGAAAGUUUCCAAAAACGAUGAAGGGUUCUACGACUAUGAGCCACUGACCACUUUUGCUCCAGAGAAGCUUCCACCAGGUGUUCAUGUUGAUCCAGUUCAAAGAGGACUUGAUCUUACUGUUAUCAGCUCAGUUUAAUUAAUUUGAAUUGUUUGAUAGUAAAACAUUUAAUAAAACUUAAAUUUU